CCUUGAUAAUGUUUUAACCGAGGGAGUAAACAGACAGUAUAAGCUCCCGAGAGAGCACGGAAAAAUUUGGCUGACCUGAAUGGAGGGUAUUGGGGAUAUUUUUGAAGAAAGAAAGGAAGAAGGCCUCGCCAAAAGGUGAGCUAGUGACGCUCUCUUCUCCAUAAGAAUCCCUAACCCUAGCUUCUCGUCCAGGUUCAUCGCUACCACUGCUAUUCGCUUAAGAUCCCUGCAACUUCGGCUCCAAUCGACGGCUCACAGCCGUAGGAUCCACGUAACCUGCACGAACGAUAACGCUGUGCAAGAUCCCUCUAAACCCUAGAUUGCUGCCUAACAUUCAUUGAGCUUCCCGCACCAAUCGAUCGACUGCGGCGACGACACUGGUUAUGGUUAAAUUGGAAUCCUAGAGAAGGAUUGUACAAGUGUCUAGAGGGUUCGGUAAGGUGGAUCGGAGGCAUGGGAAGAGGCCCCUUCCUUUUGAUACACAAUACAAGAAAGAGGCGGAGGAGGGGGAAGGAGGAGAGGGAGAAGAAUCGGUUUUCUCUCGACGGUCGGAGCACGACGCCAAUGUUAUGGUCUCGGCACUCGCAAGAGUGAUCGGCACCGGGAGCACACAACGGUCGUGGCUGGGCGGGGUGUCGGAAAAGGGCUCAGGUGUGAUUGGCAUGGGAGACACGAGAGUGUCGGACGCACGGGGCGGCUCGGUGUCUGACCCUUACACUACUGUGCCAUGUAAGAGAGAGGAAGAGCCACAAAACCCAAUCUCCCAAUUAACAGAAGAAGGCAUCAUCAACAUCAACACCACCACCACCACCACCAACGUUAAGAAGAGAAACUACAGAGGAGUAAGGCAAAGGCCGUGGGGGAAGUGGGCAGCAGAAAUUAGAGACCCAAAAAAGGCAGCUAGGGUUUGGCUUGGAACCUUUGAUACAGCUGAAGACGCAGCUGUUGCCUACGAUAAGGCCGCUUUACGAUUUAAGGGAACGAAGGCUAAGCUUAAUUUUCCAGAGAGGGUGCAAUCGUCGAGCAUAGUGAACCAGUUUAUGGGCCCAGAAGUGGGUGCGACGCCGGUUCUCUCUCCUGCUUCUUAUCCUGAGAUUUAUCAGUAUGCCGAGUUGCUGAGAGGGAGUGGUGAAGAGGUGGAGAACAGUGGGCCAGGGUUUGGGGUUUUUGAGGAGAAGAAGCCUGUUGUUGGGUCGAAGAGCGAGAGCUCUUCUUCUGGGUUCGGUUCGGGGACGAGUUGGAGUGGUUGAGAGAGAGAGAGAGAGAGAGAACUUUUCUUCUGGUUUCUGUUCCAGGAAGGCACAUUGGAAGUAGUUGUGUGCAUGAGAGAGUGAGAGAACUUUCUUCUGGUUUCUUUUCCAGGAAAGAUGACUGGAAGUAGUUGCGUGCAUGAGAGAGAGAGAUAGAGAGAAUUUGGAUUCCUUUUAGGUUUCGUGUGGUGUAUGUUGCAAAACAAUGUUAAUUAGGGAAGAGCAUGGUUGUUUAUGGCUGGUUAUGGAUGGGGUUUAUAUUAAAAGACA